AUGGCCGUGGACGCGGACACGGCACACACGUCCACGCCGCAGCGGCCUUCUGUCAUCUCCCGCCUCGCGCGUCUGCGGGAACUGAAGGAGAAGGUGCAAGUCGUCGCCGCUGCCGCUUCCGCUGCCAAGCCUUCUGCGACUGCGACUGCGACUGCGACUGCGACUGGGAACGCGGCUGUCGCUGCGGCCCAUGGGGCGCCUCACUCAAAGUCUGAAAUAGAUCACUCCAGCACUCACGGACCCACGUCGACAGCACCCACCGCCGCUUCCACUAUCUCUCCGCUGGUCACGCAAGGACAUGCUCCUUCCGUCUCUGCGGUAUCAGGAGGGACCGCAGCAUCGUUACUAGUAGCUCCGGUGAGCGCCGCCGCGGCGGCAGCGUCGGGCGAAAGCGCCGGCGCUUGCCCGCGGCAUGCGAGACGCGGAGAUGACUCCGCCAGUGGCGUCUCCGCGGUGCCGAGGGCGGCCGCAGGGGCGCUAGCUCCGACUGCUGCGCCGGACGAGGACGCGGAUGCGCGCGCCUGCGGUAACGGUGGGCUGAGUGCCGGCGGCAGCAGCUGCCACUACGGCGGAAGGAAGUUGGCGGACGAUGCUGAUCGUAAGAAUACUAAGAGUCUCGCGACGGGUUUCUUCCCUGAUCAACCGUCGAGCUCCGCAGCAACACCUGCAGGCACCGCGAACCCCACGGCGCGCGGCUUGCUGUGUCGACCAGAUGCCGCUCCGGCGUCCCCUUCCCUUCCAUCUCUCCCUCCUUCCGGCACUACGCCAUCCUCCGUCGCUGCGUUUUCCUCCCGCCCCGCAUCUGGCUCCCCUCCACCACGCCACCCGAUAACCCCCCUUCCCUUCAUGCCCUCUCUGCCCUCGCUUCCUCCCCCUCCGCUUCCGCGUCUGCUGGCGGGAACAGCCCCGCAUGAGGCAGCUUCAACCGCGCGCCUUCCGCCCGCUCCCGGGUGCUUCCCGGCGCCAGUGACACUUGACACGCCUCAAAAGUCGCUCUCUCCCGUCCGCUUCCCCGCGCCGCUGGGCGGACAGCAGCAGGUCGCGGGCGGUGGUAGCGCGAUGCCCGCCGGCGUGCGCACGGUGAGGUGGGUGAACCCCAUGUUCGGCGCGGGGGAGGAGGGCAGCGCGGAGAGCGAGCAGGAUGCGGUUGCUGAAGAGGCGGGGAUAGAGGCGGGGGCAGGGGCAGGGGCAGGGGCAGGGGCAGGGGCAGGGGCAGGGGCAGGGGCAGGGGCAGGGGCAGGGGCAGGGGCAGGGGCAGGAGCAGGGGAAGGGGCAGGGGCAGGGAGGGAUGAGGUGAUAGAAGAUAAGGGGGGUGGAGGGGCGAAUGAGAGGGAGGAUAGUGAGAUGCAGGAUGGGCGGCAGUUUGGGGGGGAGGAUGGUGGGAAGGGUGAGGGUCAGUCCGCGACAUGGUAUGAGGGGGAAGGGGAAGGGGAAGGGGAGAAGGGGGAGGAGGAGGCGGCGGAGGAGGAGGAGGAGGGAGAGGAGGAGGGAGAGGAGGAGGGAGAGGGGGAGGAGGGAGAUGGGGAGAAGGGUUCGUGGCUAGUCAUUGACGCACCAUUCGCCUUCCCCGUCCUCCUCGCAUGCCCCGAAUCCCCCGAUGAUAUCCCCCUCUUGCCUUCCGCCGCCCCCAGCCCCUCCACCUCCUCCCCCACUAGCCCCGUCCCUUCCGCGGACCCUAUACCACCCGCUGUUUCCUUCAUUCCCCACGAAGAUCCCCUCGUUUCCGCCUUCCCCUCAAGCCUCGGCUUCCCCAUAAACUCCGCGUUCCCCUUAGCCCCCAUCUCCGCUCUGUCCGCGGCUUUCUCUCCGCGCGCCUCCCCGCCGCCUCCACGCCCACUUUCUGCCACUGGGCAGGAGAGCGACGACGAAGGGGGGUGCGUGAGCGGACUUAUCGCAGCCGCAGCAGCAGUAGCAGCUGAAGGGGAUGACGGCGGCAGUGGCGCUGGCGACGGUGGCGGUGGCGGCGGCGGCGGCGGCGGUGGUGGUGGUGGUGGUGCUGGCGCUACUACCGCUGGUGCUACGACUGUUGCCCCUGUGGAUGGCAGUGGUAACGACGGUGUUGCUGUGGGGGAUGAAACCACGGGUGACACAAGCGACGCAAGAAAUGACUCAGGCGACGCAGGGGAAGGCGGAGGGGAAGGCGGAGGGGAAGGCGGAGAGGGAGGCGGAGUGGGUGGCGGAACGGAGGCCGAAGAGGAAGGCGGAGGAUGCAGCGAAGGGGAAAGCGGAGGUGGAGGCGAGGGGAAGGCGGAGGGAUUGGCGGGGGAGCUCUUGCGGUUAGGGGCGAGCGCGGAAUGGGGGCUUGCGGGGUGGUUCAGGGGCGCGGGGAGCGUGUGGGAUUCCGGAGAUGGCGGGGGGAGGGGGAGGGGAAGCGCGGGGCAGGAGUGGGAUGGUGGGAGUCAGGGAGUUGCGAGUGUGACGUCAUCGUUAGAGGGACCGUUCGCCUUCCCCCUAUCGCUGGCCCGCGACCCCUCGUCCUCCCCUCGCCUGUUCGGGUGGGCGUGGGGGGGCAGCGGCGCAAGGGGCGCGUGCGCGGACGGCGGAGACGCGGGAAGUGAAUUGCUUGCAGAGGAGGCGGACGUACUAGCGGGGGAGAGGCAGGGGGAGGAGGAGGGGGAGCGAGAGGCGGAGGGGGAGGGCGAGGGGAUGGGGGAAGGGGAGGGAUUGGAGGAGGAAGGGGACGGGGAAAGGGAGGAGGAAGGUGUGGAAGAGGGAGAUGACAGGAGGCUCUGGGGUGAGAGCCGGCUAGACGCGGGUGGGGGGAAGGGUGGUGCGGAGGGCGGAGAGGACAUUGGGGAAGGGGAGAAACCAGUGCGGCGGGAGGAAAAGGGUGAAGCAGAGGUGCAAGCGAUUGAGGAGGAGUGCACAUGGGGGGAGGUGAGGGCGAAGGCGGAGGGGGAUGAGACGGGGGAGACGGGGAUGAGCGAGAGAGGCAGCAGAGGCGAGGGCGGAGAAAUAGGAGCAAGGGGAGACGAUGGGGUGAUGUCAGUGGUACUGGUGAGUAGUGCGGAGGAGAGCAGAGAAGCAGGUGGUGAGAGUUUGACGGGUGGGAAGGGAGGGGAACGGGAGGUGCGUGGUGGGUUGGGGCAAAGGCAGAUGAUUGGUAAUGGAGAGGAUAGUGGAGAAAGGAGAGGAGAGGGAGGAGAUGGAGAUGGAGAGGGAGGUGGAGAGGGAGGUGGAGAGGGAGGUGGAGAGGGAGGAGCAGAGAGAGGAGGAGAGGGUGGAGCGGCGGUGGCAGCAGCAGGAGGGGAAGAGGAGACGAAAAGGGACGAGUCAGGAAGGGGCACGGACGGCAUGUGGUCGGGGCUGGGCAGUGGAAUGGUGGCUGCAGCUGCGGCGUUCGGCGGGUGGAAUGGCCUCACACGCCUGGCCAAGAUGCGCGCACGCAGGGGGGCGGCAGACCGAGACCGAGACAGAGACAGAGACCGAGACAGAGACAGAGAAGCCGUGUCGGAGGCUGGGCACAUGGGUGCAGGCAUGGGCUUGGGCGUGGGCAUGGGGAUGGGGAUCGGUACGGGGAUGGGCAUGGGCAUGGGUAUGGGUGCAGGUGAAGCAGGGGAGGAUGCGUUUUCGCAGAGCAAUGCGGAUGAGGAGGAGGAUGCGAUGGGGUCAUCGUCUCACGUGCUCAUUGAACCAGGGCUGGACCUUGCCAGGCUGGACAUGGUCGCUCUUGACGUGGCAUCCUCUGCUGCUGACGUGGAAGAGGAAGAGGACGAUGGCGCUGUUGCUAGUGCCAGCGCUGGUGCUGCUACUGCUGCUGCUGCUGCCGGUGGCGGUGACGGGGACAUGCUGCUGGGGGGAGUGAGAGGGGUAGGAGGAGUCUGGGAAACAAGGGGGAGACACGUGGUUUUAGACGGAGACGAGACAACUGGAAAGGUAUGCUUGUUUAGGGAGGAGGAGGAGGAGUGGGAGGAUGAAGCGAGUGAGGGGGGUGGAGGAGAAUAUGGUGGAGGUGAUGGGUUCGACUUUGGGGGCAGUGGAAGAGAGGUGGGGAUAGGGGAGGGAGAAGCUGCGGAUGAGGAGGAAAUGGGUGUGGCAUUCGGUGAUAGCCGUGAUGGGGGGAGGUCUUAUGAUGAGGAGGAGGAGGAGAGGGAGGCGGAGGGGGAGGAGGAAGGGGGCCAGGGGAGAGGAGAUGCGGUGGAUUUGGAGGUUCCGGAAGGGGAAAGCGAAGUGGAAGAGGAGAGAGGAGGAGACGAGCGAGGAGGAGACGAGAGGGAAGGGAACGAGGAGGGAAAGGGAGACAGUAGGGAGCGGGGAGAGGAGGGUAGGGAGGUGCGGAAGGGAAGGAAGGGGGAAAAGGAUGGGGAGGAGGGAAUGACGCAAAGGGAAGAGGAAACGGAGGAUGGGGAGCAGGAAGAGAAGGAGGCGGAGGAAGAAACGAAGGAAGAAGGACAGAAUGAGAUUCGGGACGGGCAUGAGGCUGCAAGCCAAACGCAGUUGACAGCAGCAGCGGCGGCACGAGAUGGCAUGGGGGCACGAGACAGAGAGUACGGCACAGCAGGGAGGCAGGGGGGUGAUAAUUGGGCUCGAGGCCUCUGCUCCGUUGCUGUUCAACACCCACUCACUGCUGCUCACCUCUCCCCACAGCGUUCACUGCCUUCAGAAGCACGGCCUGAACCUGGUCGCAGUGAGGGGUGCGUGGGUGGCAGGAAGAGGAGGCGGGAGGAGUGUGCGGUGGGAGUGAGGGAGGUUGCAGCACGGCAGCAGGAGGCGCAGGAGGGUGGAGGGGAGGAGGGUGAGAGGCUGGAGGGGUGGGAGGCGGGAGGGAUAGAGGGGAAAGCUGUGGAGGAAUGGAAGGAGGUGGAUCGAGAGGAGGACGAGGAUGAGGAGGAAGAGGGGCAGCAGGAAGAGGAGGAGGGGGAAGAGGAGGAGGAAGGGGAGGAAGAUGGGGAAGGGUUGCUGGCGAUGAUGAGAGGGAGUGGAGCGAGUGGUAGAGAAGUGGCAGAGGGCAAAAUGACCAUUAGAUUAGAGGGAGGAAUGGAGCUGUUGGGCUCAUUGCAUUCCACCGACGCUCAUGCUGAUGCUGAUACUGAUACUGAUGCUGGUGCUGAUGCUGAUGUUGAUGGGGGAAAGGACGAUGGGUGGAGGCAUAACUAUGGUGGUGGUGGCUGGAGCGGCGAGGGCACGAGCAGCACAGAGUCGGACCGGGCGAGUGGGGAAGGAGAGGAGGGGGUGGAGAUCACAGACUCACGUUCCGGGUCGACUGAAACGGUUGAGAGUAUAGAGUACGAUGGUCGCAGAAGCAAUUGCACUGCUCGUUCGUUGCACCGUCUCGCUGUCCCUGAGGCUUCUCCUGUGGUGAGCCUCCGUGAUGCGGACUGGGGGGAUGGGCGUGAGUGUGUGCAUGGUGAUGCAGUAGCUGCCCUCGAGGGGGCAGUGGUGCCACGGACUCUGCUGCCGGUGCUGCUGCUGCCGCCAUCACCGGCACCACCACUGGCACCACCGGCAACACAGGUUCCUGAAGGCGCAACACGAUUGGUCGAGCCAGGGCUGACAGCAGAAGUAGCAACGGCAUGGAUAAAGGCCGCAGCACCUGUUACUGCGGAUGAUGCAACUGAGUGCAUUACUGAGCUGGGCGAGUCCCUGGAGAGUGCAAGCAUGCAGCAGGAGGCGUGGGAGAUGAAGGCCAGACGUGCAGAGGUGGAGGUGGGGGCGCUCAGGCGACAGCUAUCGCAGUCAACCACAGUCAGGGAGCAUGUGAGCGCAGGUCUGAAGCAGCAGGUGCAGGUGGAGCGGCAGAGGAGAGGGCGGGAGAGAGGGGCGCAGGUGGAGGAGAGGCAGCAGUGGGUGCAGGCCGUGAUGCGCCUCAGAGCUGCUGUUAACCCGCGCCUGGCGCAUACAGGAGGAGUGGGGCGAGGAGCGUGGGGAGGAGUAGAGGGGCGAGGGGGGGAGGGAGGAGGGCUGGGGAGAGGAAGAGCUGCAGUGCUGACGGGGUUUGGGAGGGGUGGUGGGGGGUUGUUACCUGGGGUUGGUAUGGGAGAGACCGGGAGGGGUGCAGGAGAAGGGGGUUUGUAUGGAGGUGAGGGAUGGGAGGGGGGAGAGGGAAGUGGAGUUGGCUCUCACAGCAGCAGCACGAGUCUGGUUGCAUUCAAAAGCAGCAGCAGCAGCAGCGCCCUUGCCACAAGUGCAGGCGGUUACAGUGCUGCGAGUGGAGGUUACUGGGCUGGUUCAGACCGUGAGGAGAACGGAGAGGUAGGGGAAGGGGAGGAGGCGGCAGCAGGGAGUGACACGCUGCGGGUGAUUCAGGCAGUUCUGGAGCUCAUGCAGGUGGGAACUUCCAGGAAGGUGCUGCUUGGGGAGGUGGGAGAGGAGGCAGGUGGUAAAAUGGAGGGAUGUAAAGGGUUGGCUCUGGGUGCAAGUGAGGGCUCGCAGAGGGAUUGUGAAGAGGGGGGAGGUGGUGCUGGGGAUGAGUUGAAGCCGGUGGAGUGCGGUUUUGAACGAGAGGUAGAGGGGAGGGAGGAGGAGGUGGGUGUGGGAGGAGGAGGAGAAUGGGAUGGCGAUGUGGAGGUGAUGAGAGAUGGUGAGGGGAGAGGCGGAUUGAGAUGCCAGGAUGACGAUGUGGAAGCAGAGGUAGAUGCGGUGGGGCAGGAUGAGGAUGAGGAGGACGAAGAGGAAGAGGAGGAUGACUACGAAUAUGAGGAGCAUGAGGAGGAGAGAGAGAGUGAGGAAGAGGAGCAAGGGGAGAACGUGUCAAAGGAAGAGGUAGACGGGGAAGAGGAGUGUGAAAAUGAAGAUGAAGUGGAAUAUGCAGGGAGGGAGGAGGAGGAGGAGGAGAAGGAGGAGGAGGAGGAGGAGGAGGAGGAGGAGGAGGAGGAGGAGGAGGAGGAGGAGGAGGAGGAGGAGGAGGAGGAGGAGGAGGAGGAGGAGGAGGAGGAAGAGGACGAGGAAGAGGACGAGGAAGAGGAAGAGGGAGAAGAGAAAGAGGCAUUGGAGCAGGAAGAGGAAGACGGGGAGGAAGAGGAGGAAGGGGAGGAAGGGGAGGAAGAGGAGGAGGAAGGGGAGGAAGAGGAGGAAGGGGAGGAAGGGGAGGAAGAGGAGGAGGAAGGGGAGGAAGAGGAGGAAGGGGAGGAAGGGGAGGAAGAGGAGGAGGAAGGGGAGGAAGAGGAGGAGGAAGGGGAGGAAGAGGAGGAGGAAGAGGAAGAAGAGGAGGAAGAGGAAGAGGAGGAAGAGGAGGAAGAGGAGGAAGAGGAGGAGGAAGAGGAGGAAGAAGAGGAGGAAGAAGAGGAGGAGGAAGAAGAGGAGGAGGAAGAGGAUGAGGAGGAUGAGGAUGAGGAGGAGGAAGAGGAGGAAAAUUUGUUGAGAGUGAGGGAGAGAGAUGAAGGAGCGGCUGGUGAUGAGACAGAGGGGGGGGCGCAGAGUGGAGCGGGGAAGGAAGAGAAGGAUGGGGAAGCAGCACAGGAGCAACGGAGGCAGCAGCGGAUUACAGAGGAGGUUGCGAGGCUGCGAGCAAGGGUGAGGGAGAGAGAGAGGCAGGUAGCGUCGGAGAGGGAGACGUUGAGGCAGAAGGAGGAGGAGCUGGAAAGGCAGCAAGCGAGAGGGAGGAAUGCUGUUGCUGGGAAGGGCAGAGAGUGGAGGGGUGUGGUAGAGAGGGUGAGUGAGAACGAGGAAGACGGUCAGCUGGAUGGUGAAGCGUGGAGGACACUGCAAGCUGGCGGUGAGAAUUGGCAGGCCAGGAACAGUCUUGCAGCAGGCAAGAGUGGGAAUGGAGUAGAGGCUGAGACAGGCCGGGUGAGAGGUUGUGGAGGGAUGGUGGUGGUGAGCGAGGGGACGAGGGAGGGGACGAGGGAUGGGGGAGGAGGAAAGGUGGUGGAGAGGAAGCAGUGGCUGCAGCGGGCCUCGUCCAUCUUGCAUAGCCUACGCUCUUCCCUCCACUCUGAUCCCCGGGGCAGAAGGGCUACCCACCCGCUGCUACAUGCUGCUGCACAUGCUCCGCCUGCUGCUGGCUCUCCCUCACCUCCGCCUUCUUCUCCUGCUGCUGCUGUUGGGAGCAACACUACCAGUGCCUUGUGUCCUGCUCCUCCUGCUGCUGCUACUGCUGCUCCUGUAUCUGCUGCUGCUGGAUCGGGAACAAGAACUGGAAGCCUCUUCUUCUCUCGCACAUGCUCUGCUGAAUCCUCUGUCUCCAUUUCGUCCUCCCUUGCCCCUCUCGCUGCCUCUCUCUCUGCUGUCUCCGCCUCCUCGCCGCUCUUCUCGCCCCCUCCCUCCUCCACCUGCUCCUCCUCUCAUCCCUCCCCGUCCCCCAACCUAUCAUCUUUCUCACGUCUCAACUCUUCUGAGCGUCGGUCUGGAGGGAGGGGGGGGUCCUCUAGUGCUGCUGCUGCUGCUGCUCUUCCACACCCACAAGAAUCUGCUUCAGGAGUAAAUAGAGCAUCCUUAGUAUCCGUAGCAGCAGCAGAAGAAGCAGCAGCAGUAGCAACAGCAGCAGGGUCGCGUGGUGUUGGGGUGCGUGGGUUCCCACUCUUUGCCAUCCCUGACAUACAUCUGGAGACAGCAGAUGGUGAGGAGGGAGAAGGAGGAGGAGGCCAUGAGCAUGAGACCGAUGAGUCAAUUGUGGAUUCUCUUGUGGGCUGGCCGGAUCAGCAGCAGCAGCAGCAGCAGCAGCAGCAGCAGCAGCAGCGUCAUGGGGAGGAGGAGAUUGGCAAGCAGUCCGUGGCAGAGCAGGAGAGAGUAGGAAUAGGAAUGGAGGGAAGGGAUGGUGAGCCUGUGAGGGGGGAGGGUAGAAGGUGGAGAGGGGUGAUGAGUCCGUGGAAGCAACGAGGACGGGGAGGAAGUGGAGGAGGCGUGGGAGGGGGGGGCGGAAAGGAAGAGAACGGAAGGGGGGUGGUGCCUGUAGCUGUAGAGAGUAGCACUUCCAAGUUCACAGAUGUGGACGAGGCACCAUCUUCAUCAGCAAGCAGGCGCCUACCGUCCUCCCUUCCUUCCGCCUUCUCGAGUUUCCACUUCCCUCGCUAUCCCUCUCCGCGUCGUGUCUGGCCGGCUGCCUCCUCCGACCCUUCACCUGCUGCUGCUGCUAAUACUAGAGCUGUGCCGGUAGCAGGAGGAGAAACGCAGCAGUAG